UAUCAAAGAAAGCAGCGGGCACACUACCACGAUUCGUCGUGAUCCUUCAAGCCAUGAAUAACAAACUCCCCAAUCUUCUAAACCGGAAGAACCUCUUCCUGUACGUCUCCUUCGCCACUUCUCGGAGAAAAUUAACACUAGAGGGGAGGAAAAUUCCUUAAACCCUAGCAAUCAACAAAAACGGAAACAAGCUCAAUCCCAAUUCGGUCAGCGAAAUGGAUCACUACAGGGUUCUCGGCUUGCACCAAACCGCGACCAAGGAGGAAAUCAAAACCGCUUUCAAGAAAUUAGCUUUUCAGUUUCACCCGGACAAGCAUUCCCAAUCACCGAGGGCCAUUAGGGAAAAUGCCACAAUUCGAUUUAAGCAGGUAUCGGAGGCCUACGAGGUCCUUAUGGAUGACCGAAAGCGAGCCGACUACAAUUUCCGGCGGAGCUCGGGCGACCCCGGCAGAAGCAACCACUAUUCUCAGUACAGCUACGGAUACAGUAGGAGCGGGAGCAGGUACGAGUACAAACCUGGGUCUGGUGGUGGUGGUGGCUUAGCUUCCAAUUUUGAAAUGGCUCUUCGAAUUUUGACGGGGCGGUCUUCAAUUCUCUAUCUCGGCUUCGCAGCGGCUAUAUUAUGCGGGAUAGUUGUCAUUGAUUCAAGCCGAGAAUCCUUAUGGAGAAUGCAGAAUUCUGGGAAAUCUUUUGAAGAAGCCAUGAAGUCCAUUGAGAAAGCCAAAGCUUAUAGAGAAGAUAACAUGAAGGAACGUCCUUGAUUGAAUUUGUCUGUUUCUCAUUUCGUUUGUCACCUGAAAGCUUCUUCGUGUUUAUUGAAUGAUUGUUGCAAAAAGAGUAUUGAGAAGUGCGGUUGUUAAUCUGUCUGUUCCAUUUGUCGACUCCAGCUAUAUUUCAUAUUUAUUUGUCCUUUAAUUGCUUUGGAAUUUACUAUGUAAUUACUUGUUUAGCCUAUGGCUGAUACUUUGUAACGAACAAAAUUCUUGUAAAUAGAGCAUUAAAGUAGUAUA